UCAGCCACCCCGGACCACGGGCCACAGUCGCUUUUCCCGCCGAGGCCGAGGCGCCCCAGAGCCAUGGCCGGCCUGAACUGCGGGGUCACACUCACACUGCUGGGGGUCCUGCUGCUGGGAGCGACGCGCCCGCGGGAAGCAGGAGCUUUUGAGAUCAGUCUGCCCCACGGGAGUGGCACCACAGUCCUGAUAAAGCCUGGCCCCUUCACCCUGCCAGUGAAGCCCUGUCACAUCAUCACUUCUGGAAAGUAUGUAACCACGCUGCCCAUCAAAUCCGGAGAAAGAAAGGACUUCUCCUUCACCUGCUCCAGCCCCCAGCAUCACUUUGUCAUUGAGGUCCAGAAGGAUGUCGACUGCAUGUCAGGCCCGUGUCCUUUCGGAGAGGUGGCGCUGCAGCCCCCAACAUCGGUGUUGCCCACCCUCAACCGAACUUUCAUCUGGGACGUGCACGCUCACAAGAGCAUCGGGCUGGAGCUGCAGUUCGCUCUGCCUCGCCUGAGGCAGGUAGGGCCAGGGGACAGCUGCCCAGAUGGAGUCACUCACUCCAUCAGCGGCCACAUCGAUGCCGCCGAGGUCAUGAUCGGAACCUUCUGCAGCAACGGCACCGUGUCCCGGAUCAAGAUGCAAGAGGGUGUCAAAAUGGCCUUACACCUGCCGUGGUUCCACAGCAGAAACGUCUCCGGCUUCAGCAUCGCAAACCGGUCAUCCAUAAAGCGACUGUGCAUCAUCGAAUCUGUGUUUGAGGGUGAAGGCUCGGCAACCCUGAUGUCUGCCAACUACCCGGACGGCUUCCCUGAGGACGAGCUCAUGACCUGGCAGUUCGUCAUUCCCGCGCACCUGCGGGCCAGCGUGUCCUUCCUCCACGUCAACGUGUCCAACUGCGAGAAGAAGGAGGAGCGGGUCGAGUACUACAUCCCAGGCUCCACCACCAACCCCGAGGUGUUCAAGCUGUCGGACAAGCAGCCCGGGAACAUGGCUGGGAACUUCAACCUCUCUCUGCAAGGCUGUGACCAAGACGCCCAGAACCCAGGGAUCCUCCGGCUGCAGUUUCAAGUUUUGGUCCAACGUCCACAAAACGAAAGCACUGUAACCUACGUGGUCGACCUGAGUAACGAGCCAACCAUGUCGCUCACCAUCGAGCAGAGGCCCCUUAAGCAGAGCCGAAGGUUUGUCCCCGGCUGUUUUGUGUGUCUGGAGUCUCGGACCUGCAGCACCAACCUCACCCUGACGCCUCGCUCCAAAUACAAGAUCUCCUUCCUUUGCGACGACCUGACGCGCCUGUGGAUGAGAGCAGAGACAACCUUGGGCUGCACGGAACAUCGGUACUGCCACAGGAGGUCCUUCUCCCUCCGGGUGCCAAGGGACAUCCUCCAGCUGCCCGUGCAGCUGCGCGACUUCUCCUGGAAGCUGCAGGUGCCCAAGGACAGGCUCAGCGCGGCCCUGGUGCCGGCCCAGAAGCUGCAGCAGCACACGCAGGAGCGCGUCUGCAACGCCAGCUUCAGCUACCUGGUGGCCAGCACCAGCCCGGGCCAGGACCUGUACUUCGGCUCCUUCUGCUCGGGAGGCGCCAUCGAGCAGAUCCAGGUGAAGCAGAACGUCUUGGUGACCCUGCGCACCUAUGCCCCCGGCUUCCAACAGGAGUUCUCCAAGCAGGGCCUGACCGUGUCCUUCAUCCCCUACUUCAAAGAGGAAGGGAUCUUCACGGUGACCCCGGAUAUGAAAAGCAAGGUCUACCUGAGGACCCCCAACUGGGAACAGGGCCUGCCGUCCCUGACCUCGGUGUCCUGGAACAUCAGCGUGCCCCCCAACCAGGCGGCCUGCCUGACCUUCAUGAAGGAGCGCACCGGCCUGGUCUGCCAGACGGGGCGUGCAUUCAUGAUCAUCCAGGAGCAGCGGACCAAGGCCGAGGAGGUCUUCAGCCUGGAGGAGGUGCUCCCCAAGCCUAGCUUCCGUCAUCACAACUUCUGGGUCAACAUCUCCAACUGCAGCCCUGUGAGUGGCAAGCAGCUGGACCUGCUCCUCCAGGUGUCGCUUACCCCGAGAACUACAGACCUGACCGUGGUCCUCAUCGCCGUGGUGGGAGGUGGCGCCUUCCUGCUGUUUGCCCUUGGAGUCACCAUUUGCUUUGUGAAAAAGAAUAGGAAAAAGAAGAAGAACAAGGGCCCGGCCAUAGGUGUCUACAAUGGCAAUGUCAACACCCAGAUACCGAUGCAGCCCAACAUGUUCCCGAAAGUGCCAAAGGACAGUGAUGCCCACGUGUACGCUGUCAUCGAAGACACCAUGGUAUACACGCAUCUGCUGCAGGAUUCCAAUGGGUCCUAUGUCCAGCCGGAGGUGGACACCUACCGGCCCUUCCAGGGCCCCACGGAGGACUGCCCUCCCUCCCCGCCCCUCCCAUGCUCCAGGGCCCCAACUGCAAAGUGGCCUGCAGAGGAGCCAUCCACUGGCUUCAGUCCUGAGCCUGAGAGUGAACCAUACACCUUCUCACACCCCAGCAACAGGAACACAGACAUUCCCUUCCUGGAUGCCCACGAGCCGGUCGAGACUGGGGAAUAACUUGGACCCAUCCCAAAGACAUUGCAUGAAGCAGGGCACUGAGACACCCUGUAGAGUGCCCGCCGGAAAUCCUAAAGAAAGAGGAAUUAAUGGAAGGAACAGCAGGAGGUUUUCCUGGACACCACCCACUUCUGAUUUCCUAGUGGACUUGUUCCAAUGAUGAAUUCGUUGGAAAUGAUUAAUUCUGGUCGGGAUCCGAUCAUCACAGCUCACGUCCUCAGGCUGGUUGUAAACCAGCCCGUAAUGAGAGAGGAAUACGAGUCACCCAGGUCAGGGUUACAACAUCACUGGAUUUGGAUUUGGACCUCCUUGGGGGGCCACUCUUCUGCCUACACACCUUCCUGACACUGCCGGACAGCGUACAAAAUGAUCCAGCCCACAGAAUCUUUUUUCAGACUUGAUCACUAACAUUUUAAAUGAUCAAAUGUUUACGUAACAGUCCAGAUCAUGAGAUCAGGCUGCGCGCGGGCUCACGGUCUCACCGGGCAGCAACACCACCUUGGGCUGGGCAUCGGGUCUACCAGUUCACCCCGGUCCCCACCACUUCCUGUGGCCGCCCACACUGAGGCUCUGUCUGCUGCGACUGGUCAGUGCCCUCGCAGAAUGGCUUCUCUCGUAAUGAAAUGAAAAGUUUGGGAACUGUAUCUCGUAUCGAAUGAGACGACGGGCCUGGAGGCUGGCGUGUGCUUCGGGAAAGUUCUCUUACACACGGGCCACGCCCCUCGUUUAGUGUAAGGACCCGCCCAGCUCCUGCAGUUUGCCUCUGUGGCCCUGUGGAGGAGACGGACUGUGUCAGAGCUGUGAGCACAGCCCCACGUUCAGCGUUUCUGUGGCAACACCUCCUGUGACAAGUGCACUCCUUUGAGUUCAGAGAAUUCGUUCUCCUUGGAAACGCAGCAGCAGGACUUGUUCACGUGCCCCUUUGCCUCCAUGAAAAGGAGUUUUGCAAUCUCCUUAAUGGUGUGUAUUCUACAGCCUCUUGAACUCUUUCCAAAAGGAAGAGUGUUGCGUGUGUGUGGUUUGCUCUUCCACUGGGCCCUGGGUGCGGCCUGGGGCACCUUCCUCUUCCGGAAGGCUGGCUCCUGACCUGACCUGCUGCCAGACCCCUCCACUCAGGCCGGAGAGAGCUGUGGCUUCCUUCUCUCGACUGGAAUUGCGUCAUUUAAAAUCACCAGUGAAGCCCUAGUCCUCCGUUCUCUGCCUUCCCCAACCUGGCCUCUUCUGAGGCUCACCGGGUUGGUGCUCUGCCCUCUUCUCCAGAGUGUGGCUGGUCGUCUUUGGCGUGGCUGUCGUCGCACAUAUCACCCUGAACGCAAGGGUCCCACGUGGCCAUUUACUUUUCGCCGAGAACUCAGAAUCGCAGGCCCGCGUGCUGUCCUGAGACCUCAGGUGGAUUUCCGAGUCUGAAGAUGUGCCUCCCGGAAGGUGCUGGCCCGACGUGCUCCGGGCUCUUUAACGCUCAGGCCCUGCUCAUGUGAAAUAUUUCAGGUGACCAGAAACCAGUAGACGCAGUUGAAACCCACGUGUGCAGCGCCGUGUCUUCACUCCAAGGCUGCCGAUGCCCGGGCUGCUCUCCCCAUCUGCCAGGCCUGUGAGGAGCCGGCUCAGGCAGGACCGACGGACGUGCAGCCCUGCACAGGGCAAUGUCUCAGGAAGAGAAGGGGGAAGCGUGGUCCAUGGGACAGGGUCUCGGGCAGCGUGGUCCAUGGGACAGGGUCUCGGGCAGCGUGGUCCAUGGGACAGGGUCUCGGGCAGCGUGGUCCAUGGGACAGGGUCUCGGGCAGCGUGGUCCAUGGGACAGGGUCUCGGGCAGCGUGGUCCAUGGGACAGGGUCUCGGGCAGCGUGGUC